CAAAGUACUUCUCUCCAAACAAAAAUGAUAUCAAGAAAUAUCGCAUUGUAAUAAGUACAUUAUCUGUCAUAGGAAAAAUUGAUAUUCAAGAAUCCCAAUCACCAUUAUUAGAAGAAUAUGAAACCAGUGCUUCCAUAACUCAUUUUACACAUAUUUUUAUUGACGAAUCGGCUGCUACAACAGAAACAGAAACUUUGCUUGCUAUUAUUGGCUUGUUACCAACAAAUGCAAGUUUGAUACUUUCCGGUGAUCAUAAACAAUUGGGCGCAGUAUUACAGUCAAAAGCCGCAGAACAUUUGGGAUUUUCUAUUUCAUUAAUGGAACGUAUACUUAAAUCAGCAUGCUAUCGAGUAAAUCACAACGGAGAUUAUAAUCGCUCCUUUCAAACACGUUUACGACGCAACUAUCGUUCUCAUCCCGAAAUAGUAAACUUAUUUAAUCACCUUUUUUAUAACAAUCAAUUACUUCCACUAGCCAAAGAGAAUGUUGAACUCAUAUGUAAAAAAUGGUCUAGAUUACCAAACACCAAAUAUCCUAUUUUGUUUCAUUCGGUUGAUGGAAUUGCUGAAACUGAAAACAAUUCUACAAGCAUUUAUAAUUGGCGCGAAAUAGAUGUCGUUAUACAUUAUGUGAAGGAUUUACUCAAAAUCAAUUUCAAAGAUUUCAAAAUUACAGAAGACGACAUUGGUAUAAUUUCACCAUAUAAAUUGCAAUAUAUAAAAAUCAAAAACGCUUUGGCAGAUCAUGAUUUAUCCAAGAUUACUAUUGGCUCGCCAGAAACCUUUCAAGGGUCGGAGAAGCCAAUUAUAAUCGUGUCAUUCGUCAGAUCAAAAACCCGUGCUUUAGGGUUCUUAACUAAUGAAAAGCGUUUAAAUGUCACAAUAUCGCGACCUAAAUCAAUGUUGAUACUGAUUGGAAAUGCAGAAACACUAAAAAUAAAUUCCAAUUUUAAGUUCAUCAUAGAUUCAUGCAUUGCACAUAAAUCUUUUAUAAAAUCGGCGUUCGCUGAGAAACCAGAUACAUUAGAUGAGUUGCUUAAAAAAUUAAAAAUUUAAA